GGUAGAGUGGGGGAGGUGAAAAGAAGGCAGAGAGUGGAGAGCACAUGGAGAGAGCACACUGGCAGCACACUAGUGAGGAGUUGUCUCCUCAUCUUCCUUUUUCUCCACAAGCAGGUUUGAAGUUGUGUCCUCAUCAUGUUAGACGGCAGCAGAACUGUAAACGAUGUGAAGACCUUUCUCAAGCCCUACAUAGACGUUGAUCCGCAGCAGAGGAUGAAGCUCUACGACCAAUGGGCCGAGAUGUACGAACAGAUGGCUGAACUGGGCUUCAGGAACUUUGUGGGAGUGGACGGCAGUAAAGGGAUGCUGGAACAAGCUGCAAAGACCGGCCUCUAUCAGGACCUCAGACUGGCCCUACUGGGAACAGAACCACUGCCGGCACAGACUGAUGGGUUUGACGUAGUGAUGAUUGUCGGUGCUUUGCGUGACGGAUAUGUUCCAGUCAGCGUUGUGAGGGAGCUCUGCUAUGCUGCCAGACCAGGAGGCCACAUUUGCAUGUCGAGAGGGGAGUCUGGACCCACAUACAAGGUGUGUUUGGAGAAGGAGCUGCAGCUGAUGGAGGACGAGGGACUGUGGACCCGUGUGAUCAGCCAAGAGAUGGACCGAUACAUGAUGGAUGUUUAUAAUAAUCUCAAAGACCAGCAUGAUGACCAGUACCUCUACGGUACCAUGUACCUGUACAGGAAGGCCCUCAAAUAGUCUGAAUGCAUUCAUACAAUGUCCCAUCUUUUGGUCAUUGUGUGGAAGUUGGAAUUAAUUCACACCUUUAUUUAGCUGAAUUCAGAAUCAAUUUAAAACACUGUAUUUUGCAUCUGAAUUUGGUAUAUUGAAUUGUUUUUUACGUCAAAUUUUUGAUUUUGAAACUGUUGGUCAGGGCUGUUAGUGGGGGGAGUUCAGACACAACCAAAAACACUUAUUAUAUAAACAAAAGGCUUAAUUGUCAUUUCAUGUAAUUAUAUCCAAAAGUUAAGCACUA